UGACGUCGUUAAAAAUCAAUAGCAGCAGAUCGGGAGUCUCCGGCGCCUGCCAACGAAGAUCCUCGGGUCAGCCUGAAACAGCCGCUAGGCGCUCCCGGCUGAUUCGUGCAAAAGUCCCCGAGCUGCUGACAGCUUGAGGGGGCAGGGCAAGCGGGCUAAAGGGCGCACGGGCGGCUUUGGCGCUCUGCACGCGCUCCAAGGCGCUGCAGUUGCGGAAUGAGGCCGGCUGGAUCCCGCCUUCCAGGCUGUACCCCAAGAGGAGGAGCUCGAGGCGUUGGCCGCCCUACCGGCCCCUGUGCUAGCCGCAGUCUCUGGCCGAGAUCAGCCGUGCCCGGCGCUGCGCUUGAUGGCUGUCGGGGCUCAGCCCUGCUGCGGCCGCCAUCGCCAGCUUCAGGGCAAGAUCCUGAUUCUCACUGUGUGUGCUGCAGGAAUUGGAGGUACCUUCCAGUAUGGCUACAACCUCACCAUCAUCAAUGCCCCGACAUCAUCUAUCCAGGCAUUUAUCAAUGAAACAUGGCUGGAACGCACCGGGCUGCCCUUGGAAAGAAGCAGGAUAACUCUCAUGUGGUCUUUUAUUGUCUCUGUGUUUCCUUUGGGGGGACUUGCUGGAGCCCUUCUUGCAGGCCCCAUGGCCAUUAAACUGGGAAGGAAGAAGUCUUUGUUGCUAAACAACAUGUUUGUGAUCCUUGCUGCCUUGCUGGUAGCAUUCAGCCGGAUAGCAAAAUCCUUCGAAAUGAUCAUGCUGAGCAGAUUUUUUGCAGGAAUCAAUUCUGGGGUGAGCAUGAACAUUCAGCCCAUGUACUUAGGGGAAAGCGCACCCAAGGAGUUCCGUGGAGCAGUAACCCUGACGUCAGCAUCUUUUACAGCCCUGGGGCUGGUGUUGGGGCAGGUUGUUGGCCUGAGAGAGAUACUAGGAGCGGAGGAGAAAUGGCCUCUUCUUCUAGCCAGCAAUGUGGUGCCCUGUCUGAUCCAGCUGUUGCUUCUGCCCUGGGCCCCAGAAAGCCCUCGGUACUUACUGAUUGACCAAGGAGAUAAGGAGUCAUGCAUUUGUGCGUUGCAGAAACUGCGAGGCAGCCAUGACUUGAGCAGUGAGAUGAAGGAGAUGCUGGCCGAACAGGCAGCCGUCCAAGGAAAGAAGGCCACAGGGCCUUGGGAGCUGUUUUGGAACCCAGCUGUGAGGUGGCAGCUGAUAACCAUCGUUGUGCUCAGCAGUGCCAUGCAGCUCUGUGGCAAUGACUCGAUGUACUUCUAUGCUUCCUAUGUUUUCCAGGAGGCAGGGAUUCCUUACGACAAAAUCCAGUACUACAUUAUUGGCACAGGAAGCUGUGAACUGAUUACAGCCAUGACUUGUAACCUUAUCAUAGAACGUGCUGGGAGAAGAAUGCUGGUGAUCGGGGGAUACAGUCUUAUGGCUGUGUGGGCUGUGAUCUUCAUGGUGUCUUUAUCCCUGCAGGAUCGGUUUAGCUGGAUGCCAUACCUCAGCAUGGCUUGCAUCUUUGCCUAUAUCUUGAGCUUUGGAAUUGGACCAGCUGGUGUGACAGGAAUCAUACCUGCUGAGAUUUUUGAUCAGGUGACCCGCCCAGCUGGCUACAUGAUCUGUGGCUCUCUGCUCUGGACCAACCUAUUUAUGGUGGGAUUGGCAUUUCCUUUCAUUGUGGAAGGGCUGGGCCACUUCUGCUACGUUCCCUUCUUCACAGUUUGUGUCUGCGCUGCUCUGUAUGUCAGUUUCUUCCUCCCUGAGACCAGGGGGAAAAGCUUUCUGGAAAUCUCUGAAGAGUUCAACAAGCGCAAUUUCAAAACUCAGACUUGUGAGAAUUCCUGGACAAACCUGGAAGAUACCAAAUCCACCAUGUUGUAACCACUAAGCAAACUGAAGAGAUAUUGGGAAUAAGAAAAUCCAUCCAGGUAUCUCCUGAACGUGGUUUGUAUGGGUGUUGAGGGUAGAAUCCUUUUUCCAUUUCUGAAACAUUAAGACUGUAUGAAAAGGCCUCAAAAUCCGUAUUUCAGAUUAACAUAUGGAAAUGCUCACUUCAAAAUACAUAGACUCAAAAUACAGAUUUCAGAAAUCGGUAGGAGUUUUAACAGAAAAUCUGUAUGUAUGUAAUUUCAAUAUUUGGACUAGAUUUUAACUAUCUAUGUGCGUAAGAGAGGGAAUAAUCACAGGUGGCAGCCCAAAAUCACCACUUUUGACACUCUAAUAUCAGUGUUCUCUGCACAAAGAAAAGGUACAGGAAUUAUUAGCAGCAUGAUUUUUUUAAGCAAUUCAGUAUUCUGAAUGAAUUUGAAACAAAAUUUCUGAAAACCAGUUAUGGAAAGCUCAAGUUUUAAAACGUGUAAUCCUACAUCUGAAAUCUAAGCUUCAGAUUUCAAAAAUGUAUUCAGUGUUCAGACUGGUUGGAAGUUCUUGAUUGAGGUUGGGAAGCUAUCGGUUGAGGAUUUGAUGCACCAAAUUUAGGAUUGCAUUUCCUUCUAAAAAAUGUAAUUUAGUAGCCCCGGGUAACUGGAGGAAUUGUUUAACCAUAUACUCCCGUAUCUUCCCCCUCUCCCAAUCUAUGAGAGGAAAAAGGCAGGUGGCUGUCUAUACCACCAUUACAUUCCACUCACACACAAUGCUAAAUAUAACUGUGGGAGGUAGUAUCAUUUAAUCAGAGAAAAGACAGGAGAGGCAAGGGUUAGAUAACCUUUCCCAAAACAAAAGAGGAAGCUUGUGAUAUCUUAAAAACUGCACAUUUAUAGCAUAAACUUUGAGCCAGCUAUGCUAAUGAAGUGAAGUGAGUUCUUAGUUGGUAGGAUAUUAUCCACUGAGAGAAAUAAGAACAAAGACCUAGUUUUAAUAUUUCUUUGUAUAUUGGUACGCAUAGUGAUUAUUCACAACAGCUGUAAUUGAUCUGAAUGCAAAUUAUGUUAAGCAAUUUUAACACCUGUAAGAGUCAGAAAAUUGUCAGACCUAUUGAGCCUCUCAACAAUACUAUCAAAUCUAUUGAUGAAUUCUAAUUCAGAAGUUUUCUAUUUUAAAUUACCUUCUUAAAGAAUGCUGACCCUUAGGUCAGCAAAAAAUCAUGGAAGACCGAAAUGUUCUCCUUUAGGUUUUUAAAAAUGUUUUUCCAGUAUGUCAAAUGUGCAUCUAUUUAUUCUUCUGUAUCAUGACUGACCUGUUUAUCCUAGGCAAAAAGCAGAAGAGAUCCAAAUCGCAGACAUUCUUUAUCGGGUUUAGUUUGAUAUUAAGGCUAAAUGCAAAAUGGGUUUGGAAAAAAUAUUUUGGGUUGUGCAGCCGAGGAUUUAAUAGGCAAGUGGGAUCUUCCUUAAAGUUAUUGACUGCUAUAGAAAAAAUAUUGGGCAUCAUUGGUGGAGACGAGUUCCAGACUAGAUGGGCCUUUGGUCUGAUCGUAUGCUAUAGUCUGAUUUCACCCAGCUUCUGUAGCCAAAAAAUAAGCACUAAUCUAUUUCUGUGCCUCCCCGAGAAGUGAAUAUUACAUAGAGAGAUGGAAGGUUAAUGAUCUGCUGUAAAAGCUUUCUUUUAACUUUACUAUGGCAUGCCAAGUACUGGAGAGUCUUCUUUCCAGUUAUCUCCUGCAUAUAUUUAAAUCCUUUCUCUCCAGUAAUUUUUAUGUUUUCAUUGACUGCUUUCUAACCAAAUCUAAGAGUUCCCCUUAGAUUUGAUAGUACCUCUCCUAACCUGCAGUAUACAUUCUCUAUGCUCUUCCAUUAUUGUACAUUGAAAUAAUUUCCAGUUAUCCACAAGGAAUUUGACCAUCUUUACCCUGUUUCAGUUUCCUUCUGAGUAAUUUAUUAAAAUCAAUCCCUUCAUUUUUGAGAAAUUUCCUCUUCUGAAAUCAAAUGUGGUCAUAUUGGACUUUGGGGGCAACCUUCCCCCAAUUUAAAUGCUGAACUUGGUAGCAAGGCGAUCACUGUUCCCACUCUGUGCAAAAACAUUUAAUAUCCUACAGCAGGGCCUCAGCACCAUUCACAACCAAGUCAAGGGCUCCGUGUUCAACAGCUCCAAGACACAAUCAAUCUUCCCAGAGGAUUCUGUCCUUCAACCAGGGCCGGUGCCAGGGUUUCUGGUGUCUGAGGUGAGAUACCCACUUGCGCUGCUCCAGCCCUGUGCGAUGACGUCACUUGUGACAUCAUCAUGCAGGAGCGUCCCCCCUCACCUGAGGCAGGCGGCAGCGGCGAAGGGGCAGGGAGGCGGCCUGCUUCCCCACUUGCUGCCAUGCCACCUGGGCUCCCAGCUCGCCGAGAGCCAAGCCGAGGCACACAGCAACAGCGAAGGGGCGGAGAGGCGAGCGGGGACGCAGCCCGCUUCUGGGUCAGGGAGGUCAUUGGGGGCCGGCACAGCACCUCCUUCAGAGUUCAGCACUCGAGGUGGCUGCCGGCACCUCUUUCAUGGAUGCGCCAGGCCUGCCUUCAACUACUGUAUGUCUUGCUUUUAUCACCCUGAUCAGUAGUGAAUGAACUAGGUAAUUCCCAGGGUAGAAGAAAAGCAAAUGUUGUUUUCCAUGGUUGAAGGACAUGGUCCAGGCCCAGAAAAUCGAUCAGUAGGAGGCCCAACAUGCCCUUCCAAGAGUGUAAUAGUCACAUGCAUUAUAACUCUUUGAUGCCUUUUGAUCCCUGAUUUCGGGGUCCGGGGUGGGAGCGCUGAUGGGGGGAUGCUAACAAGAGGAGACGUCAGCAUAGUGACCGUUCUCUCCUUGGAGGGCAUCUGCUGUAUGUUUGGUAUAGUCAUGCAGCCCUGUCUUUGAACUUGUUGAGCUCUUGUGUUAAACGUGGGCAGUACUAAGGAAAAUUCUGGAUAUAAGAUGUCUUCAUUGAUAUGUAUAUUUUA